AUGAAGGACAAACAGAAGAGGAAGAAGGAGCGCACGUGGGCUGAGGCCGCGCGCCUGGUAUUAGAAAACUACUCGGAUGCUCCAAUGACACCAAAACAGAUUCUGCAGGUCAUAGAGGCAGAAGGACUAAAGGAAAUGAGAAGUGGGACAUCCCCUCUUGCGUGCCUCAAUGCCAUGCUACAUUCCAAUUCAAGAGGGGGAGAGGGGCUGUUUUAUAAACUGCCUGGCCGAAUCAGCCUUUUCACACUCAAAAAGGAUGCCCUGCAGUGGUCCCGCAGUCCCGCUGCGGUGGAGGGAGAGGAGCCAGAGGACACAGCAGACGUGGAGAGCUGUGGUUCUAAUGAAGCUAGCACUGUGAGUGGUGAACAUGAUGUGUCUCUUGAUGAAACAUCUUCAAAUGCAUCCUGUUCUACAGAAUCUCAGGGUCGGCCUCUUUCCAAUCCCAGGGACAGCUACAGAGCUUCCUCGCAGGCAAACAAGCAAAAGAAAAAGACGGGGGUGAUGCUGCCUCGAGUUGUCCUGACUCCUCUGAAGGUAAACGGGGCCCACGUGGAAUCUGCAUCAGGGUUCUCAGGCCGCCACGCUGAUGGCGAGAGUGGCAGCCCGUCCAGCAGCAGCAGCGGCUCUCUGGCCCUGGGCAGCACUGCUAUUCGUGGCCAGGCCGAGGUCUCCCGGGACCCUGCCCCACUCCUGAGAGGUUUCCGGAAGCCAGCCACAGGUCAGAUGAAACGCAACAGGGGAGAGGAGAUAGAUUUUGAGACACCUGGGUCCAUUCUUGUCAACACCAACCUCCGAGCCCUGAUCAACUCUCGAACCUUCCAUGCCCUGCCAUCUCACUUCCAGCAGCAGCUCCUCUUCCUCCUGCCUGAAGUCGACAGACAGGUGGGGACAGAUGGCCUAUUGCGUCUCAGUAGCAGUGCACUGAAUAAUGAGUUUUUCACCCAUGCGGCUCAGAGCUGGCGGGAACGCCUGGCUGACGGGGAAUUCACUCAUGAGAUGCAAGUCAGGAUACGACAGGAAAUGGAGAAGGAGAAGAAGGUGGAGCAAUGGAAAGAAAAGUUCUUUGAAGACUACUAUGGACAGAAAUUGGGUCUGACCAAAGAAGAGUCGUUGCAGCAGAACUUGGGCCAGGAGGAGGCUGAAAUCAAGAGUGGCUUACGUGUCUCAGGAGAAUCAGUAAGGCCGCAGCGCAGUCUGGCCACCCGGCAGCGUGAUGGGCAUUUCAAGAAACGCUCUCGGCCAGAGCUCCGAACCAGAGCCAGAAGGAAUCUAUACAAAAAACAGGAGCCAGAGCCAGCAGGGGUUGCUAAGGACGUGGUAUCUGUGGCACCAGACAUCCCCCUCUACAAGGAUGGAGAGGCUAAGGCUGACUCGGCAGGGGUGAGCAGUCCCCACCUGCCAGGCAUGUCCUCUCCAGCAUCCGGCCCAGAGGGUCCCGAAUUCCCAGCUGAACCUGUGGCUUCCCGGAUCCAGACUGAGCCAGACGACUUGGCAUGUGCCUCUGCAGCUCCAGACAGGAUUCCCAGCUUGCCUCAGGAGACUGUGGAUCAGGAGCCCAAGGACCAGAAGAGGAAAUCCUUUGAGCAGGCAGCCUCUGCGUCCUUUCCCGAAAAGAAGCCCCGGCUUGAAGAUCGUCAGUCCUUUCGUAACACAAUUGAAAGUGUUCACACCGAAAAGCCACAGCCCACUAAAGAGGAGCCCAAAGUCCCGCCCAUCCGGAUUCAACUUUCACGCAUCAAACCACCCUGGGUGGUUAAAGGUCAGCCCACUUACCAGAUAUGCCCCCGGAUCGUCCCCAUCACGGAACCCUCCAACCGGGGCCGAACUGGCACCAGGACCCUCGCAGACAUUAAAGCCCGUGCUCUGCAGGCCCGAGCCCAGCGAGAGGCGGCCACCAUUGCCAUCGGAGGGGGGGGUGGCCCGGGUGGAGGUGGCAGCAGGGCCACCGAUGAGGGAGGCGGCAGAGGCAGCAGCAGUGGUGAUGGUGGUGAGGCCGGUGGCCACCCUGAGCCCGGGGGAGCCCCGAGCACCCCUGGAGAGCGUGCGUCAGAUCUACAGCGAACACAACUACUCCCGCCUUGUCCUCUAAAUGAGGAACAUGCCCAGGUUGAGACUGCCAAGAGAGAGGACCUGGGUUCUAUCAGAAAGGAGGACAGCUGCCCCCAACAGCGGGCUCCAGGUGUCCUCACAAGUGACAUGGAAGAUACCUCCCAACUCCCCAUUGUUCCCACCAGGGACCAGCCAUGCCAGACCUUGCCCCCACUGUCCGCCAGAACCCCAGUAUCUGAGAGAUUGAUUGAGCAGCCAAAGUUGCAUCUAGAUGUUAGAACUGAAUGUGGGUCUGGUACCACUUCCUGGGAAAGGGAUAAUGAGGAGCUAGGACCCACUCUUUCCUCAGAACAUAAUCCUGUACAGUCUCUAGUGGGGGAUGUUGUGUUGCAGGGAAGCACUGGCCAGGUUCUAGAUGAUAAUCCCACUCUGAAGGAUCCUAUAAAUGUGACCCGUAGUUCUUCCCCUGGAUCGUCAUUGGCUGACUGCCUGCAGGACAGACCAUUUGAUGAUGAAUUAGAACUUGGUAAGUCGUGUCCACCCAUGAGGAAAAAUGACACUAGACAAGAAGACUUGAAAGCUGAGCCUCUCGUUUCUGACAGUGUAGCUCCUUGGAUGCCCAGCCUCGCAAGCGACAAGGGAGCAAAACAGCCUGGCCCCAGCUCUAGUGAGCUCCAGGUUGGAGAAGAGUGGGAGACACCUUCAUUCAUUGGCUUGACCCCUGAGGAGGGUCUAGAUCCUCCUGACAACCUUCCUGUACUCUGGGCGGUACCAUCUCAAGGCAUGGGCAGCACUGAUGGCAUCUAUAAACAGGUCCAUGUUGAAAAUCUUAAAAUCAAUGGUGACUCUGAGGCACUGAGUAUUCACAGUGAAUCCACAGAUACAGCCUCUGACUUUGACGGCAGCUUCACUGAGGAGAGCAGUGAGGCAGACCCUGGGGAGGCCUCAGUGAAGAAGGGAUCCUCACUUGUGGACAAGGAUGAGAAACACGGUUGGUACCAAUCCAAGUCACUCUCAAAAAUGAAUGGUGAUCCAGGUCUGGUUACAAGGACAGAUGGGAUAGUUGCUCCUCAGAGCUGGGUGUCUCGUGUAUGUGCAGGCCCCCAAAAGAUCCCGGACUCUCUGCUGCUGGCCAGUACCGAGUACCAGCCGGGGCCAGUGUGCGUGGACAGGUCUAGGUCCUCAGUGGAGGCCACAGACCCGCUUGUGAUGCAGUUGCUGCAGGGUAAUUUGCCCCUAGAGAAGGUUCUUCCUCCAGCCCAUGGUGGCAGCAAACCAGAAUCCCUUCAACUACCACUUAAAAAAGAGCUGAGCCAUGGGGGCUCCUUGGCGGUGGGAGGCUUGUCUGGUCCUGGGGAAGACAGUUGUACAGUUGGUAAAAGCAGCUCCAGUUCCUUGAGGGCUUUGAAGGACCCUCUUCUGCAUGAAAUCCAUGAAGUAAACACUGGUCUUACUGGGCUAGAGACUACCCAUGCUCCAGGAGCGUCCCAAAAGAUCUCUAAAACAGUCCCAAGUUUAGACUCCCUACAUCCAGUGACAAGUCCAGUGGCUUCCUCUGGGAAACUGGAAGAAAUGGAUUCUAAAGAGCCAUUCUCUUCCUUUAGUUUUGAAGAUCAGAAGGAAACCCAGGACCUGUCCCAGUGCAGUAACUCCAGUGCUGCUUCAGGCAGAAGUCCAGGGACACUCACUACCUCGAGAGCCCCGAGCUUCUCAACUCCAGAUGCCGUCCUCUUUGGUUCAGACCAAGCAGGUCGAUCCCUGGGGGAUCAGAACAGUGUGGGAGGCCAAGGGAAGAAGCUGUUUGGCUCUAGGAUUGUGGUUGCAACCCCUCAGUGCCCCAGGCCUGUGGAUCCAGCACCAUCACCUGCUGAUGCCCCUUCUGUUCCCAGUAGGAAGUUGGGGCCAAGCAAAAGCUCUGUGUCUGGUGGGGUGCAGACUGCAAGGGAAGAUUGGGCUCCGAAGCCACCUCCUGCCUCCACUGGCAGCAUCAAGACAGAGAAGACUUUUGCAGGGGGUCCACUCAAGAUGAAUGCGGAGAACAGGAGAGCUGUUGGGCGUAGUCCUCUGGAGCUGAUGGAUCAUUUGCAAGGGAUGCCCUUUGUCAUGGACCUGCCCUUCUGGAAGUUACCCCGAGAGCCUGGGAAAGGGCUCAGCCAGCCUCUGGAGCCUUCUUCCAUCCCCUCCCAACUCAACAUCAAGCAGGCAUUUUAUGGGAAGCUUUCUAAACUCCAACUGAGUUCCACCAGCUUUAAUUAUUCUUCUAGCUCUCCCACCUUUCCCAAAGGCCUUGCUGGAAGUGUGGUGCAGCUGAGUCACAAAGCAAACUUUGGUGCGAGCCACAGUACAUCACUCUCCCUGCAGAUGUUCACCGACAGCAGCACAGUGGAAAGCAUCUCGCUCCAGUGUGCGUGCAGCCUGAAAGCCAUGAUCAUGUGCCAAGGCUGUGGUGCAUUCUGUCAUGAUGACUGUAUUGGACCCUCAAAGCUCUGUGUAUUGUGCCUUGUGGUGAGAUAA